AUGUCUCUCCCUCACCUUCAGGAGUUACCAGCUCCUCAUGUGGAGCUGGUGAAUUAUAUCCACGACCACCCGGAAAAGACGAUGAUUGACAUCAUGGAACCCUAUCGCAAGUAUGAGGGUCAGCUUCGUUCUGUCUUCGCCCAGGACCGCAAGAACCCGGCUCUUGACGACCCUCACAUCAAUCUUGUGCCAUUGUUCAACGAAAACACCAAGAACAUCAAGGUUCGAGCGCGUUCUCUGGACUCUGAAACUCAAGAGGAGAAGGACCGCUACAUAAUGGCCCUUCCAGAUGAUAAGCGACGACUCAAUGGCUCUCCUGCCGUGGUCUCGUCCCUCAAGGAGUUCCAGAAGAACUUCAACGUGUUCUCCGAAUCCUCCCUCGUCGAUAUGAAUUGGGAUAACGUCGUUGCCGCUGGAUCCUCCGUCAUCAACACCCUUCUGCCGGUCCCCGCUGAGUUCAACACUUCCAAGCGCAAACUUCGGGAAUACUACCACGAGAAGUUCUGUCCGGCAUCUGACGUUGAUCUCUUCCUCUACGGACUGACCCACGACGAAGCCAUUGAGAAGAUCAAGGAGAUUGAGACUGCGGUUCGAGACGCCAUUUUGACUGAGGUCACUGUCGUUCGCACCAAAUAUGCCAUCACGAUUGCCUCUCAAUACCCCACUCGACACAUACAGAUUGUCUUGCGCGUGUAUAAAUCCAUUGGAGAGAUUCUCACUGGUUUCGAUAUCGACGCGGCCGGUGGAGCCUACAACGGAAAGCAAGUUUGGGUGACUCCGCGAGCUUUGGGCAGUUUCAUCACUCAGAUCAACCACAUCGACCUCACUCGUCGAAGCCCUUCCUAUGAAAACCGUCUGUCCAAGUACAGUCAUCGCAACUUCGAAGUCUACUGGCCUGAUCUCGAUCGCAGCCGCAUCGAUCCAACCAUUUUCGAGCGUAGUUUUCAGAGAACCCUCGGCCUGGCUCGUCUGUUGGUCCUGGAACGACUCCCCACAUCAUCCGUUCGUGACGAAUACCUCAACAAACGGAGGCAGGAGAGAGGUCGUCCAGCAGCAAAUCGCUACAACCCCCACCAGCUAUUUGGCAACAUCAAAGACAGCCACGAGGAUGAAGUUGCAGACUGGGUUGAUGAGACCGACGUGUCCAACUACCAUACAUUCACAGUUCCCUACGGCCAGCAUUUCCAUGCGAAGAAGAUUGAGAAGCUUUGUUACACUCGAGAUUUGCUCCUCAACGCCGAGUGGAACCAACCCAAGGAGAGGGAAGUCCACCUUCACCGACAUCCUGCCUUCUUUGGUCGCGUUGAGGAUGUCAUCGAAGAUUGCUGUGGCUCCUGUCCCAAACCAUCAACCCCGGAGGAGGUAGAGGCGGCCGAGAAGGAGGCUGAGAUUUACAUCUCUGGCAAGGUCUCAUUCCUGAUCGACGAUCCCGGACGACAGCAAAUCGGUUCCUUCAACCCUCUCAACGAGGAUGACUGGACAGACAUGGCCUACGUCGGAAACACAGCGCGUCUCUCCCAGAGUAUUGUGGACGGCGAUAUCAACGAAGUUUUGGACUGGUUAUCCCAGGAAGGGGCCGACCCAAACAAGAGGUCACACACUGGGUUUGCAGCAUUGCAUCUGGCUGUGAUGGGCUCGACGCCUGAUAUUGUUCGUUGUCUUGUCGAGCACGGAGCUAGGUUGACUGCUCGUCUCGCUGAUGGCCGGACCGCUCUCCACCUUGCUGCCGAGCGAGGCAAUGUAGACAUGAUCAAGAUUCUCAUGGAGAAGAGCAUUGCGAACGAGGAAGAAGAGGACGAGAAACAGGAUCGCCGCCGCAAAGACAUGCGUAAUAAGUUGCAAGAUGGCUCCUCCCGGAGCGUCCCCGAAGAUGACGCGUCAAUGAAGGGGAGCACCAACAACGAGGGCGAUGACGAGGACUCUGACAUUGACAUGGUCGAUGCCGGCAACACCGAAGCUGAUUCUAUGGCUACAGGAUCCUUCGUCAAGGUCAAAGAUGAAGACAAGAGCAAGGAAGAUCUCGUGCUGGAGGAAUCCACCGACGAGCCCGACUUUUACAAGAUUGACGUCUUGGCUUGGGAUAUCCCCUGCUCCCCCCUUCACCUAGCAAUUUCGGAAGGACACGAAGAGGCCGUCAAGGCCCUCUGUGAGUUCGGAAGCGACGCUCUUCUCCCAGUCAAAUUCCUCGACUCUGAGAAGCAACCCACAGCCGCAAUUCUUACCCUUGCGCUUGCCCUAUCGCUACCUGUCGAGAAGGCUAAGUCUAUGGCUCUCUUGUUAUUGAAGCUGGGCGCUACUUCAUCUCAAGCGGAUCUCAACGGGUGCACCGCCUUCCACCGCUACGUUGAAAACGGUAGCCAGGAGAUGAUUGAUGCGCUGUGGGAGCAUGAUAAGGCCGGUCUGAAGACUGCUCUAAACCACAUGGUGUUCGGCAGCCGCUACUGGGACCCCCAGGCAAUUGCUCCUCUUCAUACAGCCAUCGAGAAUGGAGACUCAAUCUUGGUGCUCAAGCUACUCGAAGCUGGCGCUAAUCCUCAGAUCGACUUCGACACCUGGCUGAAGGCAGUCAAAUUCUCCAAGGCAUCCAACCGACUAAGUACCUAUGAGGAAAACAAGAAGCUGUUCCAGCGGUCAGUGACACAGCCCCUGAUCGUUGCCAUCAGGGGAUGUUCCGACCCGGAAAUAGCCCUCAAACUCCUCGAGAACGGCGCAGACCCCAACACUUUGACCAACGAAUCACACCAGGUCAUCUCGGACGAAUGGCAACGACGAUACAAUAAGGGCCAGUCUAUUCUGGAUCUCGUGCGAAACCAGCUGAAGCACCUGCGCGAGUACAAGGGCGAGAAGACGUCUCUCAAGAAGCCUUCUUUACCCGGCGGCAUCGAGGGCUUCCUCCGAACGUACGAAGAGGGGACUUACCAGCAUUGGAUGUUCUCUCAGAACAUUGAAUACCACAAGGCAAGCUAUGAAAGAAACCUCGAACGGUACGAAGAAGAGAAGAAGAAGUACGCAGAGAUUAAGGGUGCGUCUGAGAAGAUGGAAGCCAUUAAGGACGUCAUCGCAACGCUCGAGAAGGUGGAGAAGACCAUCAUUGACAAGGGCGGCAAGACGUUCGAGGAGCUGUACCCCGAUAUCAAAGCUCCCGAAGACAACUCGAGCAAUCGUGCUUCUUCGCCUGAGGAGAGACUCAACCUAUACGACUACAACAUUUCUUUCAGCGGCGUGACUGACGUCACUGAAACGAGGAGGGCUGCCUACCUGGAGAUGUUUGAGGCUGCAUGGGCCGGAAAUGUGGACAAGAUCAAGAGUCUUACUUUGCAAGCUUGGGGCAAGGAUCAAGAUGAGCCACCGCUGAAAAUCUCUGUCAACGACGAUAGACAGAACACGCCUUUUUCAUUGGCGUUUCUUCGCGGUCAUCACGACGUAGCAUCGGCAAUCUUGGAGAUUGUCAUGGCUCAGUACGCCCCAGAGGAUGAGGAGGCAACCCGGUACAAGCUGGACAACGGCAAUUGCGACGACGAGGACGAGGAGUCCUACGAAAGCGACGCAGAUUCCAGUGACGAACCCAAGAUCAUUUCAGAGAUCGUCGAUAAGAAGUUCACGAUUGAGAACAUUGGUCAGGUGUCGAUGCAAGUCAAGUCGACUGUCAAGCCCAUCGAGUUCUUGACUGAAAGCGUGGAAACCUUUGCGAUGGCGAACGGCAAGCCGUGGAACACUUGUAGACAAUCCCUGUUCAUGUUUGUCGUGCAACAAGACGACCAAGCCGGAUUGAAGGUACUCCUCGACAUGGCCACCCACUUCGCUGGCCAGAAGCUCAUCGACGGCCGACGCGGCGAGGAAGAAGAGGAUGUCGGAGGGCGCUUCUCUUUCCCGGAAGAUGCCUUCCUUCGGGCUGUCCAAGAAGGCAGAACCACAGUUUUGGCCGAGAUCAUCAGCCGAACCGGCGCGGGCAUCCCGCUGGACGACCUUGUCAAGAAGAGUGGCAUCGAGAUGAAGAGGAAGCCGAGAUAUUAUCAGGGAUUGACGGUCUACGGAAAGAAGAGGAAGGACUGGGCAACAGCAGGGCGCAACAUGGUUGUCAGGUCGACCGGGAUGAAGACGCCGCCCCUCCUCCAUGCUGCCCUCAAUGGCAACAUUGCCAGUGUGGAAUGGUUCCUCAGCGAUGCCCCGCAUCGCCAUUACACCGACUUUGGAAAGUCCAAGAUAGCCCGGGAAGAUCCCAGGCUGAAGCACCUCAGCCAGUCGCCGGGAGGGUUCGACCGCGCCAUUUCAAAGUGGCUAGGCAUUCAGAAUGAGCUCGUCUUGCACUGCGCCGUGAUGGGACCGUCGAACGAGGCCACCGAUAGGACGGUCAAGUACCUCAUCCAGGCGUGUCCCAACUCCUUGGAGUACAAGUCGACCUCUGGUGAAACGCCCCUCUGGCUCGCCUUCUUCUUUGGCAAACUCGAGAUCGCCAAGAUGCUCAUCAAGGCUGGCGCGAACCAGAUGAUCCGUAACAACGCGGGUGACAACAUCAUCCAUGCUGCCUUGGACUGCUCUCCCAAGGCCUGCAGGCUCCGUCCCAUGCUGGAAGUCGUCGACUCGAGCAUCGUCACCCAUUUGUUCCAGCAGCGCAACAACCUUCACGAAAGCGGCACAACCCCUCUGCACUCGUGGAUCAGCAGUGCCUGUCGAGGAUACCAUUACACCUACAGGAAGUCGUACGACAAUGACGACCAGAUCCUCGAGGUUCUCGGCUUGAUUCUGGAGUACUCCAAGGGCUCCGAGCUGGAGGUGCUCUCAGGUUCCGGCGACACUCCUCUGCACACGGCCGUCAUGUCCCGGAACAAGCUCCUCACCAAAGCUCUGCUCGAAUACAAGCCCAAGCUGUUGUACCGCGAGAACGCCGUCGGCCGCACCCCCGCAGAGAUCGCCCGCGAGGAAGUGACCGGCGAGAAACUCACCGCGCCGGACACCAUCUCCUUCAACUUCAAGAACUACAACAACGACAAGGAACCGCGCGCGCUGGUCAACCGCAAUGCCGACACCUUUGUCGAUUACAAGAACCGCAGUGCCAGGACAACCACGUCCUUGACGGACAAGCAACGGGUCUGGGAGAUUGUCCGCUCUGUCCUCGAGCAGUACCCCGGCAAGCGCCGUCUAGUCUCCCUCAACGAAGCAAACGACGUCGCCAAGCGUCUGGGGGAGAAGUACAACAGCACUCGCUACUUCAACAUCCGGGCGCGUAACGACGAGUAUGCCGACGCCGAAGAGAACGAAGCCAAGGAGGAGAACAAGGAGGAAUUUGCGGCUCACUCUCGGCAGGCAAGAAGUACUCAGGCUUGGUGCUUCCCCGAAGACGAUGCACAGCCCAAGUGUGCGGGCUGCGGGGAGAAACACGCCUGA